UUACAGAAUUACAGACGAAAUGCCAACAAGGCAUCUCCACUGUUGAAAAAAAUAGUAUUUACGAAUUACAAGAUUCACGUUAUUAGAAUUGUAUUUCGUCCUAUUUAAAAUCAAGAGAAUUUCGUUGAUUUCACAACAUAUUCUUUUUUGGUGAUCGAAUCUUGCAUUUUAAGAUUAGUCUUCAAUGGUGAUAGAGAAAAGACGAUGACCGGUGUUGAAUUUUGUUAAAUUGACAGUUUCAAAAGAUAGAUAAAAUGAUGCCAAAUGGAGGAAAUAUGAACCCUUGGAUGUCUCAUCAGUGGUACAACCCUGCAGCGUCACUUGGAUCUAAUCAGGUGCAAGGAAUGGUUGACGUUAAUGCUCUCCACAUGAUGGCUUCACAACAAUUCCCACAUCAAUAUGGUGCAGGGAUUCUUCCUGUGGCACCUGCUUGGAAUGAUGUGUCUUCCCAGUCUCAAUGGAUGCAGCAAUGGCAAUCCAAUUUCCAAACCAAUUGGGGCAAUAAUUUUGCUCCUAAUGCCCAACCUCCACCCCCACCCCCACCUGCCAACACAUCAGUUGUUCCACAGAUACCUCCGCCACCACCUCAGGAAAAGGCUCCAGAACAUGUAGCUGACAGUAUUAUGUCAGAAGAAGAAAAGAAUUUUGAUAUUCAAUUUAAAGAAUGGGAAGGGAAAUUUCAAGCUUGGAAAGAAGAAAAUAAAAACCAUCCAGACAAGGCAGCACUUGCUGUUUAUGAAGCCCAAUGGAAAACUUGGCGCGAACAAUUGAUUCAAAAUCGAGAAAAAUUGCGAAAAAAACGAGAAGAAUCUGUGGCCAAACAGAAUCAAAUUAUGGAACAAUCGAAAAAUAGCAUUGAUGACUCGAGUCAUUUAGCUCAUUCACGCCAGGCGACGCAACCAACUAGUAACAAUGACAGUCGUGAAGAUAUUCCGUAUCACUUCCAGCCUAAGAUGCCCAAUACUCCUGGGCAACCGUUGAUUACGUCGUCUCAACACAAUCUAUAUUCAAAUCACGCACCGAAUUCGAGCACAAAUUUACACGUAGCUGGGCAUUCUUCUAAACUUCAUGUUCCCCAAAAUUAUCCAAAUAAAGGAGACAGUGAACAUAGUUUGAGCGGUGGAAGAGCGAACCAAAUGCCUGGUGGCACUUUGCCACCUAACCGGUUUGAUUAUUCAUCGCGGCAGUUACAUGAGGAGUUUCGCGACCAUCGUGUGUCCCAUUCUGUAGCUGACCUUCAAUCGAAUAGAAUGCCUAAUAAGCCACCACACCCACUACUUACAAACUUCGAUCCGGCUCAAAAGCAAUUUGAUCUUCCUCUCCAAAGGCCUGGUCAACACCAGCCAGGUUUGGAUUUCCAAGACAUGAGACAGCGGCAGCUCGAUGUACCACCUAGGCUUCAGAAUCGCGACCAUCACCACGAAAAUAUUCAACAUAAUCAGCCUAUGUUGCCAGCGAAUCAGCGAGAGUUGAACGUCCCACAAGGAUUUCAGCCGCCAGCGCGUGGAAUGUUAGAGUCUUCUCAGAGUGGUGCCAAUUUUGUGAGUCCCGCCAAUAAUGUGGAUGAAGAUCUCAGAACGUUUCCUUCGUCAGCUGAAACGGCAGCCAAUCUUUUCCGAAAGCGCGCAAUGCGCGGAAAGGGUGAUGGACCGCGCUUUGUCCCCUACAAAACUCCUGAUAUGCCUGUGCAAAUGAACCAGAAAGUUGAAACUGGCUUGGAAGGAAGUGUUCGUCCACGUAUCGAGGAGCGAUUGGCCGAACACGCAGAAAUUAAGCUUUCUGCUUUGCCCCUAAUGGCAAAUCUCGCUGGUCCUUUAGUAAGAGACCACGAAAUACCAGUUAAGAAGGUUGGUGCAAUCAUGGAACCCAUCGUGUUUGAAUACAACCAUCGCCCGGGACAGCGUGGCCGAUUUGCCGAACCAGUCUCCAUCGAUAGUUCCCGUGCUAAACAACCGCAGAUUGAAUCUUCAGAAAGCAAGGUCAUCAAUCGUAAGAUUGAAAUUGUUGUUCCCAAAGCCCACGCCAUUUUGCCAGCAGCUCCGAAAAAUGUCCCUGUCGAAAAAAGUCCAGUAAAACCAGCCCCUCUCCCACUUUUCCCCUCUGCAGCGGCUAUACAAAUACAAGAAAAUCCGUUUCCAAAACCGCAACCUCAAUUACUGCCUGAUCCACCUGCCGAAGAUAAACGACCAAACGUAGGUCUAGUGUUGUCUCAACAAACCGUAUCUGAGCCUUCAGAAAUGGAGAUCGUACCUGCAGAAAUUGAAAUUGUGAUGGUAGAGGAUCUCUUACUGCCUCCUGGGCGUUACGGCCGUCCUUCGAAAAUUGUGGUUAUCCUACGCGGUCUUCCAGGAUCGGGUAAAAGCCACUUGGCCCGUUCAAUAAAGGAAAAGGAAGUGUUGAUGGGUGGAUCAGCCCCUCGAAUUUUAUCUAUCGAUGAUUAUUAUCUAAUGGAUGAUGGUACUAGCCCGGUUCCUUGGCAAGAAGACCAGGAAGAGCAAUAUCGGCAGAGUUUGUUGAAAUCUCUCAAGAAAAAUCUUGAUGAUGGCCAUUUUUCCUUCAUCAUUGUGGAUGCUCUUCACAUUAAGGUGAGCGACAUUCUGGAGGUACACAAUGCGGCGCGGAGUCGUGCGUUCUCCGUUUUCCUAGUCGACUUGCCUGAUGACCUGAGGCGUACUGGGACAAAUAGAAAAUGUACAGAAAAGGAUCUCGAGAAAAUGAAAAGUGAGUGGCAAGAGGCGCCGAUUGAGGACCUUCCGCGUUUAGAUAUUCGUUGGUUAUUACAAGGAGUUGUUGAAGAGCGGAUCCCUACUCCCGAUGAUGUUGUUACAUCAACGACAGUCCUCAUCGAUGAAGAUUCGCAAGGAAGUCCAAACGAAAAUCCAGCUGUGAGCAAAUGGGAAACGAUGGAACAAACGGAAGAAAAAUUAGACCGAUUGGAUGGUAUCGUCAAACGAAAGUCGGAGAAACCUGCUUCGAUGGAAGAUUGGUUACAAUCUGGAUUACCAGACGAUUAUGAUGAUCGUAAAUGUUUGGAAGGAAAAAAACGGGUUCGUUGGGCCGAUGUUGAAGAAAAAAUGCAACAAAAGAAGAUGCGUGAUUUGGGAUUUGUAGUGGGACAAACCAAUUGGUCUAGAAUGACGGAUCCAACGUUCGGAGAGUCGGCUCUUACGAAAACCAAGUAUAUUUGAUGAGUGAUCUGAGUCGAAUCAUACACGAAGCCAUACGCUCAAAACGUACAUUUUGUUGUGAGACAAACAAGAAAAAAAUAUAUCACGGAUUUUCCACGUUCCACCGUGCUGUCGCCUAUGGUAUCAGUCGUACUCUUCGUUCCAUGUUGGAUUGUCAUCGCUUAAAACCGCUUUGGCCGCCAAAAGUUCUUUGGGAAUCUCACUUCCUCUAACUUGGACAGUGUAACAAGCAGUUUCUACUUUUUGCAAACUUUGUCUUGAAACUUGCAACUUGCGUUUCAGCUCACGCUGAAAUCCAAGGCUACAAUCAAAAUAAAUUGAGAUUACAUUU